CAUUUUUUGCUUCCCCUGACCUCAUCCACAUUCUUCUCCCCAAAUCGUUGAACGUUGUAGGUGGCUUCUCCUGUAUGAUCGUCACCCCCACCGGUCUAGAGUUUGUCUUCCCACUCUAGCCAAAACAAUGGCGUACCACGACGAGAGUCAUUACUACUCCCCCCGCGAUCGCUAUGCGCGCCCAGCCAGUGUCUACUCGCAAGAUUAUUACUCCGGCGACGGUCCCUACAGUGGCAGUCGCCAUGAAACGGGCGUCGUCCGACGGCACGACGGGAGCAACGAAUCUCUUCCGGGGGAUUAUGGCUACGAAUAUGGAUAUGGUCUACCCCCUCAGUCUCGCCGCUCCAGGGUUUCCACCGUCAAAGAAGGUGUGCACAGGUCCCACUCCAUGGGAGGCCGUGGUUCAUAUUACGAUGAUCCCGACUAUCAUCAUUCGCGUCAUAGUCGUCGUUCGAAACGUUAUGACUACGAUGAUCCACGUGACCGUCACAGGCGCUCGCAGCGUUCUCCAUCUAGCAGCCGAUCGCCUCCCCGCAGACAGCGUAAAUCCCUCUCGGAGCAGGCCAUGGAAGCCCUAGGUAUGGGUUCUGCUGCCUCUUCGGCCUCCAAGCAUCACGAGCACCGUCGCGGGCGUUCCCACGGCCAUCAUAGUCGGUCCUACUCUUAUUCGCCUUCUCCGACUCGGAGCAGAAGCCGUCAUCGCCGGGAUCGGAGUGAACAGCGAAUUGCUCAGGCCAUGAAAGCAGCUAUAACUGCAGGCGCAGUGGAAGCUUACCGUGUGCGCAAAGAACCCGGCGACUGGACGGGCGCGAAAGGCAAACGAAUUCUCACUGCCGCUUUGACAGCGGGUGGUACUGAUGGCCUUGUGGACCGCGAUCCUAACAAACAUUCCAAGCGCCAUAUUAUCGAGUCUACACUGGCUGGUCUGGCUGCGAACCAUCUUGUGAAUGGCCCCCGGUCUCGGUCCCAGUCCAAGUCCCGCGGCCGCGAAAAGCAUAAGAGUAAACUGCCUGAUCUUGCCGCCGCUGGAGCCCUGGCCGCCGCUGGGAAGGAAGCGUACAAUCGGUUUCGGUCCCGGUCCCGCCCACGUGGUCGGUCUCACUCGCGCGACAGCCAGGAAGAUUCUCCGCGCCGGCCCAGAAAGCGGAGUAGGAGUGUUUCCGACUAUAUCAACCGGGGCAUGGAAGCGCUAGGCCUUGAAAACAAGGAGAAGGACACAGACGACCGGAGACGACAUCGCGAUCGACCCUCUCGCCGGGAUGACUACUCGGACUAUGACUCGGAUAGUGAAUACGGAUCUAGGCACCAUGGGAGCUCAAGACGGACUCGGCAUUCCAGAGAUGUAGGUCGAUCUCUAAACCCUGGCAAUACUCAAUCGCCAUCCUCCCCUAGUUGGUCCGGAGCCUCAGGCGAAGAAGGCUAUACUCACUGCGAGGAUAUAAACUCAAACUCGGAGAUGGAUUCUGACCUUGGAAGCAGUACCGAUGAGGAACACCAGCGCAAAAAGCUGACGCGGAAGAUGCUCCUAACUACCGGUCUGGCCACCGUAGCAACCAUCCACGCCGCCCACGGAUUACACGGAAGCAUGGAAAAGCAUAAGAAACGAGUCAAAAUGGUCAAGGAGGGCGACAUGUCCCCUGAAGAAGCACGCAAACGUAGGUUGAAAAACAAUCUUGGCGACGCCGCGAGUGUAGGUCUCGCAACGCUGGGCAUCAAAGGUGCAAUCGACGAAUGGAGACACGUCGGCCAUAUGCGCAAACAGCGCAAAGAUUUCCGAAAACAGUGCGAUUCGAGACGAGAACGCCGCCGGGCUCAAAGUUACGGAGCCAUGCCACGCCGAUACACAGUGUAUCCCGACGAAAUCGAAGAAUAUCCCGCCUCUGAACGUGGAUCGAGAGGUCGGUCUAUGUCGGUAGCCCAAGAAGUAUGA